UAUUUUAGUUAAGAAAUUCGUUGCCGUCAAAUAAAGAAAGUCAGUUUAGGGAGAAACCUCCUUGUCCUUGGCGUCUUGGUGUUGUUUUGUUUCUCACCAAGUCAACCCGACCCGACUGCGUUCUCCUCAGGGUUGAUCGAUCGGCCGGGACCUGAUUGCGUUUAGCCUCUCCCGAAAUCAACGGGCAAAGUUGAUCCCCUCCCUCUGGAUAAAGAAGCCUAUGGCUGCAAAGGAAGUGGUUUCUGCCUCAACUUUAGAAUCUAAUAUCACUGAGGAGGAUCAUCACCUCUGGAUGCGAGCUCUGGAUUGGAGCCGCUCCUCCGACAUCAGUAUUCUGCAAGACAGAUUCAUAGCUGCUGAGGAUUCUGCUCUUGUUUCACAAAAGGAUGUUGAGAUUCUCUUGAGACGAGUGAAAACUUGUACCGCCUUAUUGACUUACCUGAAAUCUAAAGCGACUACUGUGGCUGCUGCCGAUUUGGCUAAUCUAUCACUUGGAACUCACCAGCUCCAAGGAUCCAUAGACGAACAUGACGGGCCUUAUGUCACUGAGAUGCUUCAGCAUGUAGAGACCGUUACAGGCGUCAUGGAGUCUCUGGCUAGGCGUGCUAUCAUCGCCGAAUCAGAAGCCGCAAUCGAGAAAGGAAAGGUUGUGCUAAGUCAAGAAGAGAUUCAAAGAAAAGUUGGCCAAAUCGAGAACAUGUCUCUCAAGUUAGAGGACAUGGAAAAGUUUGCUCUUGGGACCAGUGGUAUUCUCUGUGAAAUGCGCCAGAGGGUUGAUGAUUUGGUCGAAGAGACGUCUAGACAGAAGCAAAGAGCUACGGAAAAUGAGCAGGAACUCAGUCGUGUCAGGAGAGACUUUGAGUCUCUUAAAUCCUAUGUUACAAGUCUCAUUAGCGUCAGAGAAACACUCGUCUCAUCCGAGAAGCAGUUCCAAACAAUCGAGAGGCUUUUUGAACGGCUUGUAGCAAAGACAACGCAGUUGGAAAGCGAGAAAGUGCAGAAAGAAGCAGAGGUUCAGAAACUAAUGGAAGAGAAUGUAAGACUGACGGCUCUUGUGGACAAGAAAGAGGCACAGCUUCUGGCCAUGAAUGAGCAGUGCAAAAUGAUGGCCCUAAGCUCUAUAUGAUGCUCAGAGAUGAAAAUUGCUACUUAAGCUUUUCUUCCACGUGUAAUAUAAAGAAAUUCUUAUUUGAUACAACUUGCACGUUUGUUGAUAUCCUAAAGGCAACAAAAUAUUGGUCCUGGAAGACUCUGUAUGUGAUUGUACAUUCUCAGCAGCUGAAAUUGCGUUAUGGUUUGGCUUAA